AUGGCGUCAACCUGCACCUCCAUCAACCUGAUGUACCCCGAGGGGAGUCUGGGCAGCGCCUCUAAUCCGGAGCAGUUUCGCGGCGACCAGGACUUUGAGAAGCUCAGAACCAAAUGCGUGUCGCGCAACAGGAAGUUUGUGGACACGAAAUUCCGUCCCAACUUCAACUCUCUUGGACUCCUUCCUGGGAUGACGAUGGAGGAGACUAAGAGGAUCAAAUGGUUCAGACCCAAAGAAAUUUUGGAGAUGUUGAACAUAAAGGAGGAACCACAGUUCAGCAUCGCUGGAGAAUCUCGCUUUGACUUUGCUCAGGGUUAUCUUGGAAAUUCUUGGUUUUUGGCAGCGGCUGCUUCGCUCACACUCAAUAAAAAAAUCAAGGACCAAGUUGUACCCAAGCAAUCCUUUGAUGACUACGCUGGGAUCUUUCACUUUCGGUUUUUAACUUCAUACAACUGCACAGUACAAACAUUUUGGAGGUACGGUAAAUGGGUGGAUGUGGUCAUUGACGACUUAUUGCCAGUUUACAUCAAUGGGUUCCUGUCUGUGCACUCCACACCAGUGACGGAGUUCUGGGCCCCUCUGAUGGAGAAGGCCUACGCUAAUUCUCUGUGGGACCAGGUGAGCGCAGAGGACCGAGCCAAGUGCACCAAGGACAACAAUGGAGAGUUCUGGAUGGAGUUGGAGGAUUUCUUCAAAGAGUUUUGCGUGCUCUCAAUCUGCUGUAAGAACCCCAACUUCAUGGACGGGGACCUGAGCGCUCAGUGGCAGCUGACGACCCAUGAGGGGGUCUGGGACACGGCCGGGGGAAAGAUCAGCUACGGAGUGGCGAACAGCUUCAGCCGAGAAACCUGCAUGGACUUCAUUGUUUACAUGCAUGCAAAGUCUGGUGAUCUGAUCAGUAUGAUGGACCUGGAAGAAUUCACGGCUCUCUGGGAAAAGUUGCUGAAAUACGAGAAAAUCUACUUGGAGGCUGACGAUAACUACAACGGCGUCCUGGAACAGGCAGAGCUGAACCAAGCCAUGAAAACUGCAGAAUUUCUUGGCCUUAAUGAUUCAAGCGGAUCAUUUGACAAAUUUCUGAGCCGUGCCUCAGCGGGAACUGUCAAGCUGACGGCGGAGGAGUUCUUUGACGGCUUUCUUUGA